AUGACGAGCGCUAGGGGUCUCUUACCGUCGGUGGGAGGGGUCAUCGCGCCCCAUUGGAAAUCUACCGCCCUCCUUAAGCUGGGCAGCCCCCGACUUGAUGUCGACAUUGUUGCACUGCAGGAGACGCGCCUUGCAGAGGCAGCUAGCCUACGCGAGAAAGACUAUACCUUCUAUUGGCAUGGUAAGCCAAAAGAUGAGAGAAGGGAGCAUGGUGUCGGCUUUGCUGUGAAGAAUAGUCUGUUGAAAAUGAUUGAACCUCCAACAAACGGCUCUGAACGUAUUUUCACAAUGAGACUCAACACCACCACUUGCCCUGUGACACUCAUCAGUGUCUACGCGCCAACUCUCAUGGCCUCCUCUGACACAAAAGAUGAGUUUUAUGAAAAUCUCUGUGCCACCCUUCUGAAAGUUCCUCCAAAAGACCAAGUUAUUCUACUUGGCGAUUUCAAUGCCCGUGUUGGUAGUGACUACGAGGCCUGGCCUUCUUGUUUAGGCAAACUCAAUGUUGGCAAAGUUAAUGAAAAUGGUCAGAGACUUCUUGAAUUUUGCACGCGUCUCAAUCUUUGCGUUGCUAACUCAUUCUUUCAGACUAAACCUCAGAAUAAAGUUUCUUGGAGACAUCCACGCAGCAAGCAUUGGCAUCAGCUUGAUCUUGUGCUUGUUCGUAGAUCAAACCUCAAUUCCAUCAAAGUUGUUCGUUCUUAUCACAGUGCUGACUGUGAUACUGAUCAUUUGCUUGUUUGUUGCAAAGUUAAGCUCUCUCCAAAAAAGAUAUUCUUUUCUAAGGCUAAGGGAAAGCCUCGUCUGAACACUGCAAACAUGCAGGAUCCUGUGCUUGUGUCACAAUUUACAAACCUUUUUGAAAAGGAAUAUUCAAUCAUAGAGUCAGAUCAAGCUGAAAAGCGAUGGCAGUCUUUGAAAUCUGCAAUGCACAGCUGUGCACUUGCAACCUUUGGUAGAAAAAAAACCAAGUCUUCUGACUGGUUUGAGACAAAGUCUAAGAUACUUAAUCCUGUUAUUGUGAAAAAGAGGCAAAUGCAGUGCAUGUACAACAAGCACCCCAGUAGAGAAAAUCUGUACAAGCUCCGGUAA